AUGGUAGAGAAGCGCCCCUCGACCGACGGCCUCGUCGACAACGUCGACCCCCGCGAGAGCACCGAGUUCGAGAUGGAGGAGCUGCCCACGUACGAGAAACCCGUGGAGCCGUCGCCCGUGUCGCUCAAGGACAAGAUCAUCACAUGUUUCUGGAUCUCCGUCAACACAUUAUCGACCCUGGGCCUGAUCUUCCUGAGCAAACGUGUAUUCAGCGACCCGCAACUCAAGCAGUGCCAGCUGAUGGUCGUCAUGUGGCAUUUCACAGCGACAGCCCUUGUCCUCUUCCUAUCCACUCUCGGUCCCUUCCGCGCCUUCAAGCCCGUCAAGCUCAACGUCUGGAACAUGAUGCCCGUCUGCGCCUUCUUCGCCGGCUACGUCGUCCUCGGCAACCUCAGCUUGACCUUCAACUCAAUUGGCUUCUACCAGCUGUCCAAGGUCAUGACCACGCCAACCGUCGUUCUGAUCAACUUUGUCGUUUUCCGAAAGACCGUCACCAGAUGGAUGCUCGCCGCUAUCCUUACCACGUGCAUCGGCGUCUCUUUCACCAUGGGCGGAGAGGUCAAGACCGCCUUCUUCGGCGUCAUCAUUGCAACUCUCGCUUUCUGCUCGACCGCGCUGUACCAGAUUUGGAUUGGCAAGAAGAUUGAAGACUUCAAGGUCUCGCCUCCGCAGCUGCUCCUGAACCAGGCGCCCAUCUCCGUGUGCCUGCUCAUCCCCUUCGUUCCGUUCUUCGACACGAUUCCCAACCUCAGCGCCGUCCCAACGAACCUGCUGUGGUCCGUCUGCGCAUCCGGCAUCAUGGCCUCCAUGUACAACUUGUCGCAGUUCUUGAUCAUUGGCCGCACCUCGGCCCUCACCUUCAACAUUGUCAGCCAUCUCAAGACCAUCCUCAUCUUGUCCAUUGGCUGGUACAGCGAAGGCAAGAUCCUGAACCCGCGCGAGUGGCUCGGUGUUCUGCUUGCGCUCGGUGGCGGCUGGGUGUACUCGCACCUGGCGCUCAAGGCAAAGGCGCAGGCCAAAUAG